AUGAUUGACUGCACCGACAAUAAAAUAGACAACUCCAGCAGAUUCGAGCAAAGAAACUCGAAUUUUAUGGCCUUAGACCCAAUGAAUCUUAUGAAAAGAAACGAAAAUUAUAGUGUCAAGCUAAGGAAAGACCAGAGAAAAGAUUUUUUCCAAAAGAAAAGGCUUAGAUUAGAUGAUAGAACUGAAGAAACAGAAGAUGAAAAUGAAAUGCCCAAUUUUUCUUUGCUAAAUCCCAAAGAAAAAAACUCUUACUCCCACCCUCCGUGAGUGAAAAAAAACCAUUAGAAAAUCGCUAUUUUUUGCCCCAAAACCCACCCUCCGUGAUUGAACAAAAUUGUUUUAAUAGAAAAAUUUUUUAUGGAAAAAAUUUUUGAUAUAUAAAUGAUGAUUAGUAUAAUGAAAUCUAUAACUAAUUUUGUUUAAUUUUAAACAAAAAUUGCUUUUUAAAACAUAAAUUUUAUAAAUUAUUAAAUAAUAUUUUUUUGCAAAUUAGGAUUUUUUUAAAAUUCGAAAAAAACAAUUUUUAUAAAAAUUUAUAUAUAAAUUUUUUUUAAAACAAAAAAAAUUAACCCCCUCUGUGAGUGAACAAAUUUUUGUUGUUCACUCUUAGCAAUAUAUUCAUACUGAAUCACAGCAGAUACACAUGAAAAAAUUGUUUAUUCCUUGAAGUCUUUUCGCAGGACUUUAAAACAGUUUUCUAAAUCUACUGAACUGCUUCCAGAGCUGCGAGAAGAAUAUAUUGACAAGCUGACAAGCUUUAUAGGGACUGGAUAUCCAGAUUCUUUAGAGUCUGAGGCAGUUUGGACUAUAAGUAAUCUUGCUUCUAUGGAAAAACCUAUAGUAGAUAGGCUUGUUAGUUCAAAUCUUAUACCAAUUUUGAUAGAGUCUCUGCAAGAAUUUAAGCCAUUAUCAAAUGAAAAUGCAAUUUUGGCUAUUGGAAAUAUAUGCAUUGAUCAAAACAAGUAUAGGGAUAUUUUAGUAAAUGUUUACCAUUUGCAUGAAAUUUUACUAGAUUAUCUUGUGAAAAAUUGAAAUUCACUUCCCAUGGCCACAUUAGAAAGCUUGGCAUGAUGCAGCUCUAACUUGAUUGCAUAUAAAACUCCUGUGCCUUACUCAAUCUAUGAAAAAAUCAUCACAAUUUUCAAAUAUUUAAUAAAAAUAGAAAAUGCGCCAAUGCAGAAAUAUAUUCUUGAAGGUUUAAACACGAUUACAGAUGGGGAUAAUAAGCGAAUUCAAUUAGUUAUCAAUGCUGGAUUUUUACAGAAAAUAAUUUCAGCUUUGGCUUCAAAUAAUAAAUCUUUGAGCGUUUCUGCAAUUAAGACAAUUGGAAAUAUAUCAUCUGGAGAUGACCACCAUACACAACUAUUACUUGAUUCAAAUAUAUUAGACGUCCUUGCUUCACAAGGAGGAAGUAAUAUUUUAUCAAUAAGAAAAGAUGUAGCAUACACACUCAGUAAUAUUGCUGGAGGGACAAAAGAGCAACUAGGCUGCCUUAUUCAUCAUCCAGUCUGCCAAAGAAUAAUGAAGCUAUUAGUUGAUAAGCAUUUUGAAGUGAAAAGGGAAGCCUCAUUUAUUAUAAGAAAUAUAGCAAAUGUUGCGACUGAUAAUGAUAUUUUAUUUUUGGUUGAGCAAAAUGUGUUUAUUUACUUCAGGGAAACGUUAAAUGAAAUUGAUCCAAAAAUAAUAAUAAAUUUAUUAGAAUUUGUUGAAAGAGCUUUGGAUUGUGGAAGAACAAAAGCAGGAAGCUCAGAUCCACAGCUAAAUAUUUCAAUUGGAGCUUUGCAUUUAGCCAAUUGCAUUGAGAGGAUUGAAAAUUUGUAUAAUCAUAUGAACCUUAAGAUACGAGCGAUUGUUGAACAAAUUAUAAAAAAGUAUUUCGAUUUGGAAGAUAAUGAAUGCAAUAUGGAAGAUUCGUCUAUGCCCGAAAUAUUUGAAUUUUCUUAA